CGCGCCGGGGAGUGGCUGCCGGACCGACCGGACGGCGAGGCCGCUGGGCGGCGGUCGGCUCCUGCUGCCCCUGUGCCGAGACCCCGCACACCUGGCCAGGCUCCUGGCCUCAACAUGGCCCGUCGCUCCCAGAGCUCCUCGCAGGGGGACAACCCACUGGCACCUGGGUACCUGCCACCUCACUACAAAGAGUACUACCGCCUGGCGGUGGAUGCAUUGACCGAGGGUGGGCCAGAAGCCUACAGCCGCUUCCUGGCAUCAGAGGGGGCACCAGACUUCCUGUGCCCUGAGGAGUUGGAGCACGUGAGCCGGCACCUGCAGCCCCCACAACAUGUUGCCCGAGAGCCCCCUGAAGGCAGUCCUCCCGAUGUGGACAUGGAUGGUUCCUCGGGUACCUACUGGCCAGUGAACUCAGACCAGGCUGUGCCUGAGCUUGACCUGGGCUGGCCCCUGACCUUUGGCUUCCAGGGAACUGAGGUUACCACACUGGUGCAACCUCCACCACCUGACAGCCCUAGCAUCAAGGACGAAGCUCGAAGGAUGAUCCGCUCUGCCCAGCAGGUGGUGGCAGUGGUGAUGGAUAUGUUCACUGAUGUGGACCUGCUCAGUGAGGUGCUGGAGGCUGCUGCCCGCCGGGUCCCAGUCUACAUUCUGCUGGAUGAGAUGAAUGCACAGCACUUCCUGGACAUGGCAGACAAGUGUCGUGUCAACCUGCACCAUGUGGAUUUCUUGCGUGUGCGCACCGUGGCAGGUCCUACCUACUACUGCCGCACUGGGAAGUCUUUUAAGGGCCACGUGAAGGAGAAGUUUCUGCUAGUGGACUGUGCCGUGGUGAUGAGCGGGAGCUACAGCUUCAUGUGGUCCUUUGAGAAGAUCCACCGCAGCCUGGCGCACGUGUUCCAGGGAGAGCUGGUCUCCAGUUUCGACGAGGAGUUCCGCAUCCUCUUUGCACAGUCGGAGCCACUGGUGCCCUCGGCCGGGGUCCUGGCCCGCAUGGACGCCUAUGCGCUGGCUCCAUACUCCGGGGCCGGGCCCUUGGUGGGCGUCCCCGGGGUCGGAGCACCAACUCCUUUCUCCUUCCCUAAACGAGCCCACCUCCUAUUCCCUCCACCACGGGAAGAGGGCUUGGGCUUCCCCUCCUUCCUAGAUCCGGACCGCCACUUCCUGUCGGCCUUCCGCCGGGAGGAGCUGCCUCGGGUGCCCGGGGGUGCCCUGGAGCCGCAUGCAGGACUGCGGCCACAGUCAAGGCGGCUGGACGCGGAGGCUGGCCCGGGAGGGGAGCUCUCGGGCCCACGGGGCUUCUUCCAGGCACGGCACCUGGAGAUGGACGCCUACAAGCGGCACAGCUACACGGCUGCCGACGGCGCGGGCGCAGUGGAGAACUUCGCAGCCGCGCGGCAGGUGUCAAGGCAGACGUUCCUCAGCCACGGCGACGACUUCCGCUUCCAGACCAGCCACUUCCACCGCGACCAGCUCUACCAGCAGCAUUACCAGUGGGACCCGCAGUUUGCACCCGCAAGGCCACAGGGCCUGUUCGAAAAGCUUCGUGCCGGCCGCCCUGGGUUUGGUGACCCAGACGACUUCGCACUGGGCUCCGGCCCACGCUUCCCGGAGCUUGGUCCUGAUGGCCACCAGCGACUGGAAUACGUGCCAUCUAGUGCGUCGCGGGAGGUGCGCCACGGCUCAGACCCUGCCUUUGGACCCGGCCCCCGUGGCCUGGAGCCCGGCGCAGCCCUGCGCCCCAACCUGGGCCAGCGUUUUCCAUGCCAGGCGGUCGCGAGGCAGGGCCAGGACACCGCCCUGGAGGCGGAACCCGAGCGUAGGGGUGGACCCGAGGGUCGGGCAGGUCUGAGGCACUGGCGCCUCGCCUCCUACCUGAGCGGCUGCCACGGUGAGGAUGCAGGCGAGGAGGGCCUGCCCAUGCCCAUGGAGGCUGAGGCCUACGAAGACGAUGUGCUGGCUCCUGGAGGCCGGGACAUGCUCCCCUCCACCUUCCGUGCCCCUGCACCUUUCCCAGCCAAGGGUCAGGUGCCCGUCCCAGGAAGUAGUGGCGGUGACGGCUCAGAGCGAGAGGGCGCAGAGGAGACAGGCCUGGCCAAGCAGGACUCCUUCCGCUCGCGCCUGAACCCUCUCAUCCAGCGCAGCUCCAGGCUGCGCUCCUCCCUCAUCUUCGCAUCACAGGCGGAGGGCGCCGGUGGGGCCACAGCCACCACUGAGAAAGUGCAACUGCUGCACAAGGAGCAGACAGUCAGCGAAACUCUGGGUCCUGGUGGAGAGGCUGUGCGAUCCACUGCCUCCGCCAAAGUGGCCGAGCUACUGGAGAAAUAUAAAAGCCCUGGCCGUGAUCCUGGCGGUGCAGGGGGUGCUGUCACUGUGUCCAGCCACAGCAAGGCUGUCGUGUCCCAGGCUUGGCGGGAAGAGGUGGCAGCACCAGGUGGAGCGGGAGGUGAGCGCCGAAGCCUUGAGAGCUGUCUGCUCGACUUGCGUGACUCUUUCGCACAGCGGCUGCAUCAGGAAGCCGAGCGGCAGCCAGGAGCCGCUUCGCUCACCGCUGCGCAGCUGCUAGACACCCUGGGUCGGGGUGGCACUGACCGCCUGUCCUCCAGAUUCCUUUCUGCCCAGGCACACUCAAUGUCCCCACAAGGGCGAGACAGCCCCCCACCAGAGGGGCCUGGAAUGCACCAGGUGCCCCAUUCUGAGCCAAAAGGGAGCCCCACCUCAGCCUAUCCUGAGCGGAAGGGGAGCCCCACUCCUGGGUUUCCCAAUCGGAGAGGCAGCCCAACUACAGGAUUUACUGAGCAGAAGGGAAGCCCCACUUCACCCUACCCAGAGCGCAGGGGCAGCCCGGUGCCCCCCGUGCCGGAGCGCAGAGGCAGCCCGGUGCCCCCCGUGCCAGAGCGCAGAGGCAGCCCGGUGCCCCCCGUGCCGGAGCGCAGGAGCAGUCUCACUUUCUCCGGGGAGUCUCCAAAAACUGGGCCUGCAGAUGAGGUGGCGGGAGGCGCCAUGGAAGUCCUUCGCAAGGGGUCCCUUCGCCUCAGGCAGCUGCUAAGCCCCAAGAGCGAGCGACGUGGGGAGGAUGAGGGAAAUUUCUCAACUCCGCAGGAGAAUGGGCAGCCUGAGAGUCCCCGGAGGCCAUCGCUGGGCCGGGGUGACAGCACAGAGGCGGCUGGAGAAGAGCGAGGCCCGAGGGUGCGCCUAGCCUCUGCCACAGCAAAUGCUUUGUACAGCAGCAAUCUGCGGGAUGACACGAAGGCCAUUCUGGAGCAGAUCAGCGCCCACGGCCCAAAACACCGAGGGGCCCCUGCCCCAGGUCCAGCCCACAGCAGCCCUGAACUAGGCCGCACACCAGCUGCGGGAGACCUGGCCCCAGACAUGUCCGACAAGGACAAGUGUUCAGCCAUCUUCCGCUCGGACAGCUUGGGGACUCAAGGCCGGCUCAGCCGCACACUGCCCGCCAGCGCGGAGGAGCGUGACCGGCUGCUGAGCCGCAUGGAGAGCAUGCGCAAAGAGAAGCGCGUCUACAGCCGUUUUGAGGUCUUCUGCAAAAAGGAUGAGGCUGGUGGCCUUGGGGCAGGCGACAACCUGGUAGAGGAGGACACCAGGGACAGCAAGGUGGGCAAGUUCAUGCCAAAGAUCCUGGGUACACUCAAAAAGAAGUGAGUCUCCUGGCCCUCCAGCCCAGGGCACUGCAUUGCUGUCGUCCUGCACACAGAGUAUUGGUCUGGUCAGGAAGCUCCCUGUCCCUGCGUUUGAGUGGUGGUCACCAGACCCUGGUGCCAAAGCAGUUUGGGGCCUGGCUGGGUGCCACCUCAGCUCGGCUCCCCUUGGACUUGCCAGGCAACUGCCCUUCCUCUCAUCGUUGGCCUCUCCUCCCUGGGAGCUCAGCCCCUUCACUGGUGCUUUUCUCCCUGAUUCCCUCUUCUCCACAGCACCCAUCUCACCUCCU